UUACUGAACAAGGCCACCUUUAGGAACUGUUUAGUCGCAAUGCAGCCAGCUGCUAUGAAGGCCAAUAUUCCCUCAGCGCAUGAUAUUACAACUUACAUCCACAACGCCUUCCUGGAUUUCUUUGUGCAAUUAAAGUCUGAUAUUCAGGUAAAUGAUUUUUAUUAUCAUAGUGCACUAGUACUAGCUACUGACUAA